GUCUCUGGGGGAACCUGAAGUGAAGUGGCUCGAGACUUAACACGAAAUCUGAGAUUAUAACUCUGCAACCGUCUGCGGUUCAUUUCUGAGGAUGUUCAUUUUCACUCUGCGGACCCCGUGUUUUAUAUUCAAGGGUUUGAUAAACAGCUUGUGAUUUUUCCGGAAGCAGGACUCUCCACAGCCCCACCACUGACACGGUAACUUGGGACAGUGCAGCGCUAGCUCCGCUAACUCUAGGUUUUCCCAGAGUCUCUCUGAUCUGCCUGAUGUACGUUUUUACUGACACGGUGGAGAACAUCUCCGGCUUCCUGAUGAUGUGAAACCUUCUAAGCAGUGUACAUACUCCCAGGGAGUGCAGUCGGGAACAAACAUCAAGAUGUCCAUCACCAACACACCUACCAGCAACGAUGCUUGCCUGAGCAUCGUGCACAGCCUGAUGUGCCACAGGCAGGGCGGCGAGAGCGAGACGUUCUCUAAGCGUGCCAUCGAGAGCCUGGUGAAAAAGCUGAAGGAGAAAAAAGACGAACUUGACUCUCUCAUCACAGCGAUCACCACCAACGGGGCUCAUCCCAGCAAGUGUGUGACCAUUCAGAGGACGCUUGAUGGACGGCUGCAGGUUGCAGGGCGUAAAGGGUUCCCUCACGUAAUCUAUGCCCGACUCUGGCGCUGGCCAGACCUGCAUAAGAAUGAACUGAAGCACAUCAAAUACUGCCAGUUUGCCUUUGACCUCAAGUGUGACAGUGUGUGUGUCAACCCCUAUCACUAUGAGAGGGUGGUGUCUCCUAGCAUAGACUUAUCAGGACUGACCCUGACCACUCCUCAGUCCAGCUCAGGCCUGAUUGUUAAGGAUGAGUAUGAUUUUGAUGGACCGCCGAGUCUGCCCUCUGUUGAUGGAGGGCACUCCCUCCAGACUAUCCAGCACCCCCCGGGAUCCAGCAGCCGAUCAGCCCCCCCUGAAGCAUUUUCAAAUCCAAAUCUCCUUCCGCCUGCCGAGGCCUCCACCUCCGCCUCAACAUCGUCCUUUCCAGCCAUCGCUGCUGGAUCAAGCGGUGCCUCAUCCAACUGGUCCAGGAACAACAGUUUCACUCCCAACAUACCCCACCACACUAAUGGUCACCUACAGCACCACCCACCCAUGCCACAUCCGGCACACUACUGGCCAGUGCACAAUGAGCUCGCCUUUCAGCCUCCCAUAUCCAACCAUCCAGCUCCUGACUACUGGUGUUCAAUUGCCUAUUUUGAGAUGGACGUUCAAGUUGGUGAAACGUUUAAAGUGCCCUCUUCUUGCCCCAUUGUAACGGUGGACGGUUAUGUCGACCCGUCAGGAGGAGACAGGUUCUGCUUGGGCCAGCUAAGUAACGUACAUCGCACUGAAGCCAUCGAGAGAGCUCGGCUUCACAUUGGUAAAGGAGUCCAGCUGGAGUGUAAAGGUGAAGGAGAUGUGUGGGUGCGAUGCCUCAGUGACCAUGCAGUGUUUGUCCAGAGUUACUAUCUGGACAGAGAAGCAGGCCGAGCCCCCGGAGAUGCUGUUCACAAAAUCUACCCCAGUGCUUACAUUAAGGUGUUCGACCUUCGGCAGUGCCACAGACAGAUGCAGCAGCAGGCUGCUACAGCUCAGGCAGCGGCAGCAGCUCAAGCAGCAGCUGUGGCUGGAAGUAUACCUGGUCCUGGAUCGGUGGGAGGGAUCGCUCCAGCUAUUAGUUUGUCGGCAGCAGCUGGUAUCGGGGUAGACGACCUGCGGAGGCUGUGCAUCCUGAGGAUGAGCUUUGUGAAGGGCUGGGGGCCCGACUAUCCCCGUACGAGCAUCAAAGAGACGCCGUGCUGGAUCGAGAUCCACCUACACCGAGCUCUACAGUUACUGGACGAGGUUCUGCACACAAUGCCCAUAGCAGACCCACAACCUCUGGACUGAGAGCUUUCGAACUGCAAUGUCACACAGUGCAACAGUACGGUGUUCCUCUGUGAACUGUUUUUCAUGGAGGAGCCAGUGAAAGAACCGUGAAGCUGUGAUACUUCACAAGACUGUCACACAUAUACUUUACAAAUACUUUGAGGUGAUACUGUGCUCUUUUUAACACUAUAUCCAGUUACACCAAAGCCAUCUAUUAAAGAUAUGUUCAUCCAGAUUUGUUUUUAAUAGAUGGUUUUGAUUUGUUUUGAAUUUUGAAUUAAUAUGUUAAAAAUGACGACUAUGAAGCCCCACAGCAUGCACAUAGAAGACCUGCACAUACCAUGAAAGUGGAAUAUGAACUCAGAUGACUAGCAGUUCUCAUGCAACAACUACUGACAGGCAUUAGAUCCACUCAAUGUGUCUAGAACAUGACAUGGAGUCCACACACACACACACACACACACACUUAAAUCUGUGCUGCUGCUGCUUACCGACUGAUUAGUUCCUGAAAGGACAAGCAAAUUCAUUCAACGGUCAGGCUGAAUAGAAAUGUAGCAGCAGCGUGAAGCGCAAGGAAAUCUGCUCGACUUCACGCUGCCGGAUCACGUUGUACCUGACGUUCACCAUCAUCUGCGAGUAUUUGCAGAGUAUGAAAUAAGUGUCCAGACUUUUUUUAGGUCAGUUAUUUGACCUAUUAAAUGAUGGUUACAGGUCUUUGUCUGCAGGGUGUCCAUUAUACAGAUGUACAAUGCAAGUUUUUGGGGUGUCCCGAGUGUAAAUUAGCAGUUGGUGAUGCAAUGAUUCACUGUGAUUUUUAUACAUGGCAUGGCCUCCAAAAAAAAACUGUCACACACUAGAAUAUGCAGUUGGACCGCCUUAACACUGAUUAUGGCGCACACUCGACGUGGUGUUGUUUUGUAAGUUAAUGUCACAACAUUGAUUUCAGUCUGUAGUUUAAUUAUUAUUUUAAGUUCAGUCUUAGUUACAAGUGUCUUGCAUCUGAACGUGACGGCACGCAGGCGCACACAAACCUUUUUGCAUCAACAGCAGCAGCAGCAGUGGAAAAGGUCACAUUUUCGAGGCCACUCGGUAUUGAAGUGAAAGAUAUUAAAGCUGAUUAGAUGUACCAUACGUUUUAUUGAUCCUCCAUAAAAGGAAAUGGAAGUUAAUCCAUUGUUGCAUAGUUGAAUUUUUGAGUACGGUUUAGCUCCAGGGGACGGCACUUUUUUCUCCUUUUGUUGAUUUUUUUAUGACGGUUCUCAUUUGUGUUGCAUGGUCACAUAGUGGAUAUACAGUAAUGUGCAAAAGUGCUAUAAUGACUGUAAUAUUUGGUAAAAUCACUUCAUUGGAACACAUCCAGAAAAUGCAUACACUAAUUAAUAUUACUGAUAAAACCUGUGUUUGUCCUAUUACAUAUCAACAAAUAUCUGCUGGGAAUAAGGUCGAUUACACCAGGUUUAUUCGAGACACACUUGAGCAUCACAUGCACAUGCUGUCGGAGUUAAACUCAUUGAGAGCUUGCUAAAGUAUAAGACUACAACUUUGGGUCACAUCAUUCCAAUCCAAAUGCCAAUUAUCGCAGAAUUUCACAGUCACAAAAACAGCAAAGCCGGUGGUGGUGGCCUGGGACUUUUGCACAAUGCUGUGGUUAUAUAUCUGAUCCAGGACCACAUAUUAAAGUGACAGAUCUGAUUUCAUUAUCAGAAUUGGCAAUUUCUGUGUUCAAAAAGCCCUCAAAAAAGCCAAUACAAUAGCUGAUGGUGGAAGAGUUGGACUGUAAUGUGUUUGGGGUUAAAGUCUGGACUCUGUUGUGAUCCUUUCUGUCUGGGAAAAUCAUUACUUACGAACCAUUCUUUCACAAUUUGAGCCUGAUGCUGGUGUUUGUAGGUCGUCAGUCAAUCUAUUUUAACGUAACCUAACGUCGUUGAACCUAGACUUGAUCAACUCAUAAUAACUCUGCCCCCCCAGGAGAAUACGAGAGUAUGUGAGGACAAAAUGCGUUUGUUAUUGGUCAGUUUUCACCACCUCUAACUUUCUUACUGAGAGCAGAGACGAAAACAGUCAUGAUUUCACCACAGUAUGAGGGUAAAAGGGUUUAUCAAACUGUAAACAUGGAUCUGGUCAGCUGCUCCAGUCAUGUCUAUUUCUAGAAUUCAAUUGUCAUUGUGUUUAUUUGUAUUCAUAUAGAUUGUAUUGUUGUCGUGUAAGGACACGACAGUCUCUACACACUUGAUUCAGGUCUCCUGUGAUGGUUAACUGACAAAAAAAGAUUACAGCAUUUAAAACAGUUCUUCAGCAAUAAUGAUGUAUUUUACUGGUUUGUAUUUUUGUUACUUUAAUUAACUACAUUAUAUUCUUUCUUUCUUUUUUAGCACUUUAUACAUUUCUUGAUUUUACUCAAAAAAAAGGGCGGGGUGAUUGUCUUGCAAUUGGAAUAAGGGAAUAAACAGGUUGAUGUAUAUUUUUUUAUAUAGAGAAAGAGCACAGAGGCAACAUUGUGAUGCAUUUAAUUUGAAAAUGUCUAACACUAAGACACUUUUUUUUCUAAAAAUGAGUUUUUGCCCUGGUCACUCUAUAAGUAUUUACACACAUCUGUAGGGAUUAUUUCUUUCUUUAUUCUUUUUCUUGUUGAUUUGCUGUUUUCUUUUUCAAACCAUGUAAAUAACUUUGUUUUUGAAAUGCAUGUUACACCUUCGCAUGAACAUUAACACCAAAUAGUCCAUUUAAUCCCCGCUCUUGUUUGAAAAUAGGCUACUUCUCUUAGCCUGCAUUAUAAAUGGGGAACUGGACUAAGAGGAGAGGAGGAGCCCUGCUUCCAUUUUAUCAUUAAACACAUAAAGGGAAAGUUUUAUUGUCAUGAUUAAUGUCCGCGAUUACGUACACUUUUAGCUCAUUAAAAACACAAUUUGAA